AGCAGCAAGGGUCUCAACGGGGGGCUAAGACCAAAGGGUGAAGACAUGCAGGCUCCAGUCCCUGAGGGAGAGGAAGGAGGAAAUAGACAGCUCCCAGCUUUGAUGCUUGUAGGGAUUAUUGAAUUAGGGGCUCAAAGUCUGGCAGGAGGAAGCACCAGCAGCAACUGACUGGGCAGACUUCCCAGGAAGAUGCAGCCACUCCUGCUCCUGGUGGUCCUUCUCCUGCUGCCCAGGGCUAGGGCAGGGCAGAUCAUCGGAGGCCAAGAGGCCAGGCCCCAUUCCCACCCUUACAUGGCAUAUGUUCAGAUCCGAACUCCACGUCUGAAAACUUGUGGGGGGUUCCUGGUGCGAGAAGACUUUGUGGUGACAGCAGCUCACUGCUUGGGAAGCCAAAUAAGUGUCAUCCUGGGGGCCCACAACGUCAGUAGGUUGGAAAGGACUCAGCAGCGCAUACCGGUGCUCAGAGCCAUCCCCCACCCCAGGUACAAUCCGCAGAACCACCGGAAUGACAUCAUGUUACUGCAGCUGAGGAGCAGAGUCAGACGUAAUCGAGCUGUGAGGCCGGUGGCUCUGCCUCAGACCCAGAACAGGCUGCGUCCUGGGACCCUGUGCACCGUGGCCGGCUGGGGCCUUGUCGGCCUGAACACGAGAACAGACACUCUCCAGGAUGUACGGAUCAGAGUGCAGAGGGGUGAGGAGUGCAGGAGGCGCUUCAUGUUCUACACUGGCCGAACACAGAUUUGUGUGGGCGACCCAAGAGAGCGGAAAUCCGCCUUCCUGGGGGACUCCGGGGGCCCCCUUGUGUGUAACAACGUGGCCCAGGGCAUCGUCUCCUACGGAAACAGGAUUGGGACUCCUCCAGCAGUCUUCACCAGGAUUUCCAGCUUCCUGCCCUGGAUACGGAGAACGAUGAGACGCUUCAAAGAGUGGGGGCUGGAGUGACACGCCCUGUCACUGACUCCCCUUCUCUAGGGCAGAGCCCAGAUCCAGGGCGGUUC